AUGGCUCACGAAGAAGAAGAAGAUCAGAAUGAAAAGGCCCAAUCCCAAUCGGCCACAACCUUCUCCAAGACGUACCACUUUCUUGAUGAAAUUGGUGUCGGUUGUACAAGUGUUGUGUACAAGGUAAUGUGCUUUCCCAUGAACUCCAUGUUGAUGGCACUCAAAGCCAUGAAUCUUGAUCAAUAUUCCCCGGCGGAUAUAGAAAAUGUUCAAGACCAAGUCCAGACCAUGUCCUAUCUCUCCCACCCAAACAUCCUCACCCCUUACUGUUCCUUCACACAUGUUGGUCGCCUUUGGGUGGUGAUGCCGUUAGUGUCCGCUGGUUCUUUACGAUCCAUAAUAUCUUCUUCUUUCCCACACGGCUUCUCCGAGCCAUGCAUCGCCAUACUUCUCAAACAAACCCUAGCCGGCUUGUCCUUUAUUCACAACCAAGGACUCGUUCACAGAGAUGUCAAGGCCGGUAAAAUCCUCAUUGACUCAGAUGGAUCCGUCAAGCUUGCAUCAUCCUCUUUGAUGUUCACUGAUGCUCCGGGCAAUAAUUGUAUGCCAAAGGAGGAAAGAUAUGAUUACGGCUUGCAGUCUGACAUCUGGUCAUUUGGAAUCACUGCAUUAGAAUUGGCCCACGGACGCCCUCCUUUGUCUCAUGAUCAUCUCCCUCCUUCAAAGCAGCUCAAGAAUUUCUCCAAGGCUUUCAAUGACAUGGUAGCUUCGUGUCUGCAUGAAGACCCAUCAAAGAGGCCCUCGGCAGAGACAUUGUUGAACCAUUCCUUCUUCAAGAAUUGCAAGGGUUCGGAUUUUAUUGUAAAGAAUGUGUUGCAAGGGCUGCCUAGUGUUGAAGAAAGGUUCAAGGAAUUCAAGAUUAAGCUAGUUGCGCAGUUGGGCGGUGACUCAUCGGCGAGGCAGAGUACCGAGUCCACUGACGAUUCAGUUGUGAAAAAAGUUCGGUUUGGCGGUGAAUCUAUAAUAAUUGAAGACGAGGGAGGUGAGUCGGGUACUGAGUCUGGCGAGUUAAUUCCGCGCUCACCGGGUCAGGUUGUGGAAAAGGCGACCCAAGUCAAGUUGGAGGGUCUGGUGGCGUUGAAGAGGACAUUGGAUUUGCGAAGGGCAGCGUUAACCACUCUGAUUGUUGAUUUGCGUGGGGAGGAAGGUGGAGAGAUGAGCAAUGAGGAGCAGAUGGCUCAGGUUAUUGAGAGUCAGAGGGUUGAGUUGGAGAAUGAGAGAAAGAGGACGUUGGAGUUGGAGAUGGAGUUAAAUUUACUCGAGCGUCAAAUUUCUGGUUCAUAUGCCAGUUGUAGUGGCCGACGCUAA